AUGAUACAACAACAGCAAGAGCUUGGUGCAAGGCGACACAAUUGCCUGAAUGAACUAACGAUGCAAAGCAGACUUAUGACAGAUGAUGAAAAUAAGAAUGGCAAAAAGAGUGACUGGUUCCGACUGAAUUUAACAGGUCCUGUGAAGAACUUUUCUGGAAACUUGUGUCAGUUAACGUACAUUACGACUCUAGUUAUAAAAAACAACAAUCUGGAACGGCUACCUUCAGAGCUUGGUAAUCUAGUAAACCUUGUAAAUCUGGACGCCAGCUGUAACAGACUUCAUUCGCUCCCAUCAACUAUUGGUGAUCUCACAGAAUUACGUGCACUUAUACUGAACGAUAACAAAAUAGUUGAUUUGCCGUCCGAUAUAGGUCGGUUACUUAACUUACGACAUUUCAGUAAGUAACAAAAUGGGCUGGUAAAUUGUUUUUACUGAUAGUCUCUUAUUUCUUCCCAACCUUUUCAAUUUUGUAUUCGUCAGGUGUUUGGCUACUUUCAAUCAUUUUUAAAUGUCAGUUAGUGAGAGGAUCUAGACAUUGUUUUCCAUCGGGAGCUUGCCAUUUACCACUCAAAGUAUGAUAUCCUAAUGAAUCAACUGCAACUGCAUACCUACUCUUUUAACAACUCUGAAUUCACUGAGAAUACACUAGCCUCACACAUGUGGAAAAUGCAGUGUAAUUUUAGAUUAAUUUCUAAUGUUUCUAGAAAUAAAUCUGUACAUUUACUUGUUGUGAUUUCACA